AUUAUGAAUCAAAACCAGUUGGAGCAACAUUUCAUUCCCCUUCCGGAUCAAUAACAGCCUUUUAAUGGACUUGUUGGUGAGUUCUGGUGCUUCACUACAACUCCCAUGAGCCCCCGCGGCCUGCAGCCAGGAAGGUAAACAAAGCGCGGCAACCGCCGCACCUCCUCUUGUCAUGGCAACGCAACUACCGACAAACCUGCAGAAAGUGAAAAAGUAUUUCUAACCCAAACCGAGACCCGGUUCGGCCCGGUUCAUCUCGGUUUAACCCGGUUCGGCCCGGUUUCUCCAUGUCUGGCCCGGUUCGGCCCGGACACACAAUGAGGAAGCGGCCCCGGUUCUUCACCCCCGCGGAGGUGGCCUCCCACUUCACGGCGGCCGACCUGUGGGUCUCCUUCCUGGGCAGAGUGUUCGACCUGACCCCGCUGAUGCAGCAGCACGCAGGUGACGUGCUGCUGCUGCCCAUCAUAGAAUGUGCUGGGAAGGACAUCAGCAGCUGGUUCGACCCAAAGACCAGAGACAUCCUGAGGUUUGUGGACCCUGUGACGUGCUGCGAGCGGUACUACACCCAGGGGCGCUUCGUGCACACGCCGCCCAGCGGGCCGCGCUCCGACUGGGACACGGACCUGGGCCAGCCCUGGUGGAAGGACCGCAACUACGAGGUGGGGCUGCUGUCAGCCAAGACGCGCUGGAUCCGCGUGGUCAACACGCUGACAUUACAGGAGCAGCUGCUGGAGGUGUGCUCCGAGGAGAUCCUGGAGGAGAUCCUGCAGCGUUACCUGCGCCACAACGCUCACGCCAACAGCUACACCUGGAAAUACCACGGAGUCGUCCUGGACAUGCAGAAGACGCUGAGCGAUAACGGCGUCAUGGACGACGACCUGGAGCUGGAGCAGCUCAGGAUGGACCGCGACCUCUUUGUCCCCGCCAUCCUGCUCUACUUCAACGACGACCUCACCGAGGGAUGAUGUCAUCGCUGUGACAUCACAUUAAACUUCCUGCUGCUGCACCUGGCAGGUCCUGUGAUGUGAACCUGAACGCCUUCCAGGCCCAGAGAGCCUGGGAGCCUCCAGAUAUUGCAAAUAUCUCAGCACACUUAGAAUAAAACUCACUUAAACUCUC